AUGGCUCCUCUUAUCCCGUUGAUGUCAACAGGAAUCAAGUCAGCAGUCAAGACACUCCAGAUCCUCUCUGGAGAGGAUACUCUAAUCGGAAUAGACGGGCCAGCACACGGCAGAGAAGCACAUGCAAUCUUGGAUGACAUGAUCCACAAGGGCAACUCCGUGGCUGAAGUACGCAAAGCUGAGUUGACUCACCUGGAAUAUCUUUUCAAUGUGUUUUCCGUGCGGGUUAAUCAGCCUGACGUUCAACCCUCGAGGCCGCCCGUACGUUCGCUUCAACUGCGGCCAUUCCCAAGUAUCUGGGAGUCUUCAACCGCGGAACCUGAUUUGGCUUCCAUUACUACGCUCAGCGAGCCUCAGCCCCUAGUCUGCGCACCAGAAACACCAAACAACGCCGAGUUUCUUGAUAGUAUCGGAAUAUCAUCUGAUGACUUCUUGUCCAUUGUGGAGCAGAUGGGUAAUCACGACGAUGCGGAUCUACCCUUUGCCAUGCUGGAUCUGUCCCAGUUCUGGAAGUAG